AUGUCACUACUCAAGGUAACAGCUCUUCUUCCCAAACCUUGUUUCACUACCACCCUCAAUUCUCUAGAAUGUGGAAGCUUGCUGCAAUCCUUCUCCAAUUCCAAAUCCUUAACUCAAGCCCAGCAACUCCACGCACACGUCACCACCGGCGGAAACCUCCGCCACAACACCUAUCUCGCCACCAAGCUUGCUGCAUGCUAUGCCGCCUGCGGCCACAUGCCCCAUGCCCAACUCAUCUUCGACCAAAUUGUGCUAAAGAAUUCGUUUCUCUGGAACUCCAUGAUCAGGGGCUACGCCUGCCACCACUCUCCCACUAAGUCCCUUGUUCUCUACCGUGAAAUGUUGCGUUUUGGACAGAAGCCAGACAAAUUCACCUACCCUUUUGUCCUGAAGGCCUGUGGGGACCUUCUGCUUCGCGGAAUUGGUAGAAAGGUUCACGCUUUGGUGGUAGUUGGUGGGUUGGAGGAGGAUGUUUACGUGGGGAACUCGAUACUAUCAAUGUACUUAAAGUUUGGUGACGUGGCAGCUGCGCAGGUGGUGUUUGAUAAAAUGCCUCUCAGGGACUUGACUUCUUGGAACACCAUGGUUUCGGGGUGUGUGAAGAAUGGUGAGACUCAGGGAGCUUUUGAGAUUUUUGGGGAGAUGAGAAGGGUUGGUGUUGUGGGAGAUGGGACCACCUUGCUUGCUCUUCUCUCCGCUUGCGGGGAUGUUAUGGAUUUGAAGGUGGGGAAAGAGAUUCAUGGUCAUGUUGUUAGAAAUGGUGGGAAUGGAAAAGUGUAUAAUGGGUUUUUAGUGAAUUCAAUUAUUGACAUGUACUGCAACUGUGAGUCUAUAUCUUGUGCAAGGAAGUUAUUUGAAGGGUUAAUAGUGAAGGAUAUUGUGUCGUGGAAUUCUUUGAUAUCCGGGUAUGAGAAACGUGGGGAUGCUUUUGAAGUUCUUGAGCUUUUUGGUCGGAUGGUUGAGGGAAGUGAAGUGCCGGAUGAGGUGACCGUGAUUUCAGUGCUUGGGGCUUGUAAUCAAAUCUCGGCUUUGCGGUUGGGCACGUCUGUUCAUUCGUAUGGUGUUAAGAGGGGCUAUGGAGUGAAUGUAGCUGUUGGAACUGCACUUAUUGGCAUGUAUGCUAACUGUGGGAGUUUAAUUUGUGCGUGUUGUGUGUUUGAUGAGAUGCCUGAGAAAAAUUUGGCUGUUUGGACUGUUAUGGUUACUGGAUUUGGAAUUCAUGGGAGGGGAAGAGAGGCCGUCUCCAUUUUUUACGAAAUGUUAGGUACAAAUGUAACUCCAGAUGAGGGCAUUUUCACUGCAGUUUUAUCUGCAUGUAGUCAUUCUGGAUUAGUGGAUGAGGGUAAAGAAAUUUUCUAUAAAGUUACUAGAGACUAUAAUGUAGACCCUGGACCCACUCAUUAUGCAUGUUUAGUGGAUCUACUUGGCAGAGCAGGGUACUUAGAUGAAGCAUAUGCAGUUAUACAGAGUAUGAAAUUAGAACCCAAUGAGGAUGUGUGGACUGCUCUUCUUUCAGCAUGCAGAUUGCAUCGGAAUGUCAAGUUAGCAGAGAUCUCGGCGCAGAAGCUUUUUGAAUUGAAUCCAAAUGGAGCGAGUGGCUAUGUUUGCCUUUCCAACAUCUAUGCUGCUGAGAGACGGUGGAAGGAUGUAGAAAAUGUGAGGGCAUUGGUGAAAAAAAGCAGAUUGAAGAAAGCACCUAGUUACAGUUUUGUUGAGCUAAAUAAAAUGUUUCAUCAAUUUUUUGUUGGGGAUACUUCCCACCAGCAGUCGGAUGAUAUUUACGCGAAAUUGAAAGACUUGAAUGAGCAGCUGAAGAAAGCUGGAUACAAACCUGACACUACUUCAGUUCUUUUCGAUGUUGAGGAGGAAAUAAAGGAGAAAAUGCUGUGGAAUCAUAGCGAGAGGUUGGCACUUGCUUUUGCCCUUAUUACCACUGCUCCGGGAACCACAAUCAGGAUAACCAAGAAUCUUCGUGUGUGUGGAGAUUGCCACACAGUAAUAAAAAUGAUUUCUAAGCUCACAGAUCGGGAGAUUAUCAUGCGAGAUAUAAGUAGGUUCCAUCAUUUUAGAGAUGGCUUAUGCUCAUGUGGUGGAUAUUGGUGA